AUGCCUCAAGAUACAAGUAUGAAUCUCGGCCCAUCACAUAUCACCUCAUCUGGCCUACUCCCAUUCCUCAAACAUGCCCGCCACCACUUUCUACCCACGAUAAGAAAUGGGAUUACAACAUACAGCCCGAUAUAUGUACUGGGUAACCAGUCUGCAGAUCUUGAUUCUAUAAUAUCUGCAAUAUUAUACUCGUAUGUGCCUUUGGUGAAUUUAACGGAUGUACGGGGUGGAUCGGGAUUGAGGAGAUUGAGGCCUGAGUUCGCGUGUGCGCUGGAGCUUGCUGUCUCAUCGUCUUCUUCAUCUACUGCUUCAACAGAGGGUAAGAGGGAUAAGGAUGGAGAGGAUGGGAUUGUACAAUUGCUCAAAGAGCAUAUUCUCACCGUCGCUGAUCUACGGGAGGGACUUUUAUCUUCUCCAGAUGUUGUGAAUACAGAUGCAGAGCCCAAAAAGAUGGGAAACAAACUGGAGCUCGACUGUGUGAUGGUAGACUGGAACAAUCUUCCGCACAAGACAUCUCCGCAAGAAGAGCAAGGCAAAGGCUCAAUAGAUGGUCUUUCGGAUCUCGUCUCUUUCACCGUCACUGGAUGUAUCGAUCAUCGUCCCGACGAAGGGUUUGUGCCGCCGUUGGGACGGUUGCCGGAGGGGAGUCCGCGGGUUAUUAUUUCCGGACCUGGUUCGUGUACUAGUUUGGUUAUUCGUGAGAUUCGAGAGCGUGUGUUGUGGCCUGUUUCGUCUUCCGAAGUGCAUGAAGAACGGCAGCGGCAACACGUUAGUGAAGGAAGUGAGGAGGGUGAUUGGGAAGUCCAACUAGCCAAACUUGCGCUUGCCUCUAUCCUGAUUGACACCACCAACCUCACAGCCGAAGGGAAAGUGACCGAUGUUGAUCGCGAGGCUGCUUCCUUCCUCACGGAAAGAAUCUCAUCUUCAUCUCCUACUGGUGGGGGCGGGAAAGAAUGGGAUAGAGAUUCCUUCUUCCAGAAAAUUCAAUAUGCGAAGGCGCAUAGUUUGGAUUGGUUGACUGUCGACGAGAUGCUUGGUCGAGACUACAAGGAUUGGACUGAGACCACGCCAUCCGGUGACAAGAAAGUUAUCGGGAUUGCGAGUGUGGUUCGUCCGCUGAACUGGAUUAUUGACAAAGGGGAGGAUGAAGAUGAUAAAUCAACCACCGCGGAUGACAACUUGAAGUCGUUCUUGGGUAAGUUGAAGAAGUUUGCGCUGGAACGGCAUCUGGAUGUCAUUUCUGUAAUGACGGCAUUCAAUACAGAAGACGAUGGCAAAGAAGAACGGUUUGCACGAGAACUACUCGUUUGGGGCCUUGAAGAUGACAACAGCGACGCUCUCGAAAAAUUCGCCAAUACAGCGAAGAAGCAACUGGGACUACAAAAGUGGAAUGAGUUCCCCAUCGAAGGUAGUCACGAAUAUUCUGGUCGUCUAUACAUAUGGAAACAAGGGAAUGUUUCUCAAAGUAGGAAGCAAGUUGCGCCACUGCUUAGGAGAGCCUUUACGGGGUGA